AUGUCCAUACCACCAUCACCAUCAUCACAUCACCACCAUCGCCACAAUCUUCAGCAUCAUGCCAUUUCGUUAUCACCACCACAUCACUAUCAUACCAUCGCAAUCAACAUGACAACAAGCACCCUAUCCUCAGCACCAUCACACCCGUAUAUCCUCACACCACCAAGCACCCUAUCCUCAACACCAGCAGCACCCAUCCUCAACAACAGCAAUCAAUGCAUCACCCUAUCCUCACCACCACCAUCUGCACCAUAUCCUCACCACAACCAUCAGCACCCUAUCCUCACUACCACCAUCAGCACCGUAUCCUCACCACUACCAUCAGAACCCUAUCCUCACCACCACCAUACACACCCUAUCCUCACCAUCAGCACCACUAUCCCUACAACCAGCAGCACCUAUCCUCAACACCAGCAGCACCCUGUUCCACAACAGCCAUAUCAGCACCCUAUCCUCACCCACCACCAUCAGCACACCUAUCCCAUCACACCAUCCACCACCACCUCACACCCUAUCUCUUACCACCACCAUCUGCAACCAAUACUCCACUACCACAACCAUCAGCACCCUAGAUCGCUCACAACCACCAUCAGCACCCUGAUUCCUCACCACCACCACCACGAGAACCCCUAUCCUCACACACCCCAUCAGCACCCUAUACUCUCACCAUUCAGCCACCACUAUCCUCAACACCGAAGCAGUGCACUCCUAUCCUCAACAGAACCAUCAUCGCACCUGAUUCCUCACACACCACCGAUCAGCACUCAUCAAUCUGUGUCCUCACACGCACCAUCAGCACCCUAUCCUCACACCACACAACCAUCAACGACCCUAUCCUUCACCACCACCACAUUACAGCACCCAUAUUCCGUAACUACCCCACCAUCAGCACCGUAUACCUCCCCACGCCACCAUCAGCACCCUUCCUUAACCACCAUCAUCAGCACACUAUCCCUCACACCAUCAAGCACCCUAGUCCUCAACACGAGGCAGCCACCCUUCCCAACAGCACAUCAGCACCUCCCGUGUCCUCGCAACCACCACCGAAUCUGCACCAUAUCCUUCACCACAACCAUCAGCAGCCCGUAUCCUCACACCGACACUCAAGCACCGAUAUCCUCACACCACCAAUCAGAAAACCCUAAUACACUCACACCACCCAUGCAGCAACCCUAUCACUCCCCAUCAGCACCCGUAUCCUCAACCACCAGCAGCACCCUAUCCCUCAAGCCAGCCAGCACCCCUGUCCACCAACAGCAUCUCGAUCAGCACCCUAUCGUCACGACCAACCAUCAGCACCCUAUCCUCACCCAUGCCAGCAACCCUCAUAUCCUCAUACACACCAGCACCUAUCCUAAACACCAUCCAGCAACGCCUGUCCACAAACAGCAUCGCAUCCAGCACCCCUAUCCUCACCACCACCAUCAGCACACAUAUCCUCACCACCACGCACCGUCAGCACCCUCAUCCUCACCACCCACAUCAGAACCUAUCCCUCACCCACCACCAUCAGCACCCUAUCCUCACCACCACAUCAGCACCCUAUCCUCACACCACCAUCUGCCACCAUAUCCUCACCACAACCAUCAACCACCAUCUCCAUAUCCUCACCACCACCAUCAGCACCCUAUCGCUCACCACCAGCCAUCAGCACCAUAUCCUCACCACACCAUCAGAACCCUAUCUUCACCACCACCAUUCAGCACCCUAUCCUCACCAAUCAGCACCCUAUCCUCAACCACAGCAUAUCACUCAACAGCACCAUCAUCAUCCUUAUCCUCACCCACCACCAUCACGCAGCCUCUGCCUCACCACCACCAUCAGCAGCACCCUGUCCUCAAACAGCACUAUCAGCACCCUACCUCACCACCACCAUCCACCCUAUCACCACCACCAUCCAGCACCCUAUCCUCUCACCACCACCCAGCACCCUAUCCUCAACAUCACCGCACCGUAUCCUCACCACCCAUCAGCACCCUAUCCUCACCACCACCAUCAGCAGCCCUAUCCUCACCAUCAGCACCCUAUUUCCUCAACACCAGCAGCACCCUCCUCAACAGCACCAUCAGCACCCUAUCACUCAGCCACCACAAACAGCACCUAUUUCUCACCAACACCAUCAGCGCCCUAUCCUCACCACACCAUCAGCACCCUAUUCCUCACCACCAUCAUCCAGCACCUAUCCUCACCGACCACCAUAAAUACUCUAUCCUCACCACAUCCAUCAGCACCCUAUCCUCACCAACACCACCAGCACCAUACAUUCCCCCUAUCCACGCCACCAUCAUCAGUACCCUAUCCUCACCACCACCAUCAGCACCCUAUCCUCACCCCCCACCAUCAGAACCCUACCCUCAUCCUAUCCUCACCACCACCAUCAGCACCCUAUCCUUACCCCCACCAUCAGCACCCUAUCCUCAUCCUAUCCUCACCACACCUCAGCACCUAUUUUCACCACCACCAUCAACCAUCAGCACCCUACCUUCACCCUAUCCUGCCAACACCAACCAGCACCCUACCUUCACCUAUCCGCCGCCACCAUCAGCAAUACACCCUACCUUCACACCUUAUCCUCGCCAACACCAUCAGCACCGCUACUCUUCACCUAUCCUCGGCCAACACCAUCAGCACCCUACCUUCACCCUAUCCUCGCGGCACCACCAUCAGCACCUGCCCUACGCCCUUCACACUUCACCCUAUCCCGCGCCGCACCAUCAGCACCCUACCUUCACCCUAUCCUCAGCCAACACCAAUCAGCACCUACCUUCACCCUAUCCUCGCCAACACCAAUCAGCACCCUACCUUCACCCUAUUCCUCCCAAACACCAUCAGCAACCCCUACCUUCACCCAUAUCCCCCGGCCGCCACCAUCAGCACCCUAACUUCACCCUAUCACCUCGCCGGCCACCAUCAAGCACCCUACCUUUCACGCCUAGUUCCCUCCCGCCGGCACCAUCAGACACGGCCUCCUUCACCCUACCUCGCCAACACCAAUCAGCCCCUAACUUCACCCUAGUCCCGCCGCCACCAUCAGCAGCCGACCUAUCACCUACAUCCUCGCCAACCACCAUCAGCACCCUACCUUCAUGCCUAAUGCCUGCGCCGCACCGAUCAGCAACCCUACCUUCAUCCCUAUCCUCGCCAAACACAUCAGCACCCUACUCACGCCUAUGCUCCACGCCCCCCAGCCAUCAGCACCCUACCGUUCACCCUAUCCGCGCCACCAUAGCACCCUACCUUUCACGCCUAUUCCUCGCCGCCACCAUCAGCACGCGCUACUUCACACUAGUCCCUCGCCAACACCAAUCAGCCACCCUCCGCUUCACCAUUAUCCUCGCACCUACUUCACCCCUAUCCUCGCCACACCAACAGCACGCCUACCUUCACCGCUAUCUUCCCGCCGGCACGCGAUCAGCACCUACCUCACCCUAUCCUCGCAACACCAAAUGCAGCACCUCUACCAUUUACACCCUAUCCUCGCCACACCAUCAGCACCCUGACCUUCACGGCGCUAUCUACUCGCCCCACCCAUCAGCACCUAACUUCACCCUAUGCCUCGCCAACAGCGUGCAUCAGCACCCUCCUUCACCCUAUCGCUCGCCAACCCAUCAGCACUACUUCACCCAUCCUUGCCGCACCAUCAGCGACCUAUCAUCACGCCUAUCCUCCGCCGCCAGCCGAUCAGCACCUAUCUUCCCCCUUAAUCACUCCCAACACGCCAUCAGCACCGCUACCAUUCACGCCUAUUCCCUCGCCGCCACCAUGGUAGCGACCCUUACCUUCAACCCUAUCGCUGCCACACCAUGCAGCACCCUACUUCAAUCCUAUCCUCGCCGCCACCAUCAGCAACCCUACAUUCACCCUAGUCGCCCGCCGCCAUCCAUCAGCAACCCUAUCCUUCACCGCUAUUCCUCACCAACACCAUCAGCACCCGUAUCUUCACCCUAUCCUCGCGCCUCGAACACAUCAGAGCACCCUACCUUACCCCUAUCCCUCGCCAAACACCAUCAGCACCUACUUCACCCUAUCCUCGCCAACACCAUCAGCACCCUACCUUCACCCUAUCCUCGCCGCCACCAUCAGCACCCUAUCUUCACCCUAUCCGGCCGCCGCACCAUCAGCACCCUAAUCUUCACCCUAUCCUCACCAACACCAUUCAGCACCCUACCUUCACCUCUAUCGCCGCCGCCACCAUCAGCACCCUACCUUCACCCUAUCCUCGCCAACACCAUCAUUUCGUCUGCGGACCAGAAAGCCCCCUUUGCACUUGCAAUCAGUGAUAACAUUUAUGGUCUUUAUCAUUCGUGUGAUCUUUUGGGUUCAGGUCCAUUCUCAAGCCUUACAUCUGAGCACUUCGUAAAAGAACCUUUGGGAAUAUAG